GCAAACUGUCCUCUGUUGGCAACCGGUGAAGUUUGAUGGUGGAACUGAAACCACUGAACGUAUUCAUCAUUCGAUCUGCACACCAGUGAAGGAUCCAAUGGAGGCAGUGAACAGAGACCAGAUGGUGCCAGAACCCAGUCCAGAAAACGUUCCUGGCGUUCCUACAGCAAUAGAAACAUUCGGUCAUCCAAACGCUGAGGCUCUUCACAAUUUCGCCCUUAAUAUGGCUAACAACAUAAUCUGCUCAUUUACAAGCCAGCUGCCAAGCCCAGAGCCCGAGGCGGACUGUCGUACAUCCAGUUAUAAUCACGACCAGGAAAUGUUAGCUGAAGAAUUAAGCUCGGCAGUGAUGGAAGCAGCUCUGAGGGAAGCAUGUCGAGGUCAGACUGUGAACCUCCGAGGGAAUUUCCAAAGGUCAAGUUAUCCGCCGUCUUCCCAGCACGUGCAAGGCGAGGCUGGGGUGAAAACAGAGCGCGGGCAAGCUGGAAAACCGUCUUCCCUGAAUGCAUCCACGAGGGAAAAAGCAAGAGGCACUUCUUUGGACAUGGACAUCGACUCAGAUGGUACCAGAGAAACAUCUUUCUCACGCUUAUCAAGCAUCAACGCCGCUUCCAGUUCCUCCGCCUUCCAGACCUCCAGAUGCACCCAGCCCUGUCACCCGCCUCUGUCCCAGUCAGGGCUUCCCAUUAUGGGAUCCCUCGACUAUCCCGACGCCCCGCCCACCACCCCCCUGCUCCCUGAGCUCAUCAGGAGCCGGGACAGUUUCGCCAGGAAGCUGAAAGGAGGCCUCGCCAAGGAGUUCCUGCCCUCCCCUCCUCCUCCAACGCCGCAGGAUAAAGAAAAUGAAACCAAGGUGGCGGGAGGGCACCACACCGCAGCCGCCGUCGACCCCCGGGUGGAGCUGAUGGAGCAUCUGAUGCGCUCUCUGUCCACAGAGUACUCUGAGGAAGAGGAGGAGGUGUGGAGAGAAGAAUUAGCGAGAGUAGUGGACAGUUACGGAGGCGGAAAUGACGAAUUGGAACCCCCAGAUAUGGCCAAAAUGGCGGCCUAUGCGGACGCACUUUCUGGAGAUAUUAUAGGCUGGGUCAUCACUCACUACCCUUUGAUGUUAAGAGCUAGAAACACAGAGCUGAUAGAGGACGAUGAUGAUGAUGAUGAUGAUGAUGAUGACAUUCAUCUGCUAGCUCACCGACUGGCCCAAACAAUCCUCACUUGCUCCCUGAGUGAAAUUCAGACGGCGGUCUAGAGUUUCAUCGCUGUGAUCGUAUUUUUGAAGGCUGAGAUAGAGACAC